AGAUCGACGACACGGCGGUGGUGGCCAUCCAGGGGAAGAAGAAUGGCCGGUAUCCGUGUUUCGAUGGCUUGAUCACUCCUUCGAUCUCGUACACACGGCUUCGGGCUAGCAACCCGAGCCAGUUAGAGAGUACGGGGCGUUCACAGACUCCCUUAGCCCGCCAGCAUGCUGCAUAUAAGGAGUUUGUCGAGCAUAGGAAUCUCGAGGUGCGGGAGUACUUGAAACGAGUGAAGGCAAACGAUGAUUACAACCGUCAGAUGAUGACGGCUAUGUUGGCGUCUUGGACUAACCGCACGGAUCCACCACAAAUGGGACCCCCACCACCACCUGCGGGAGAACCCCCACACGUGCCCACGUUCGAUGAAUGGGUGGCACUAGGCAGUGAUGGUUCGGGGACCGGUGGCUCGACUCCUGCUCCGUCGACCCCAGUCACUCCGAUCUGGCAGAGUGGUGGUGGUCGCAAUGACGGUUUUGGCGGAGGUGGUGGUGGUGGUUUUGGCGGAGGUGGUGCUUUUGGCGGAGGUAGUGGUGGUUAUGGCGGAGGUGGUGGUUUUGGCGGGGGUGCUCUUGCUUGAUGAUUCCGUGCAUGUGGCCAUCGUGCCAUGCCUUUCAUAUUCCUACUUUUAUCAUGUUUCAUGUCUUGCACUACUUUUAUGUUCAUGAACUUCCAUCGGUGAUGAUCUUUAGAUGAUGUGAUGAACUUGAGUAUGUUUAGAUGAUGAUGGUGAACUUGAGUAUGUUUAGAUGAACUUGAGUAUGUUCACAUGAUGAAUUGUCAUAUUUCUGCA